UGGACUGAGGAGGAGGAGGAGCUGUUUCUCUCUCACACACACACACACACACACAGACCACGGAUAAGCUACCGUCCUCGUGUAUUUGUAAUUAUUUAUCAUACAGUAAAAGUGUUCUAACUACGACACCAGCAGCAGCAGCAGCAGCAGGUUCUUCAGCAGCAGCAGUUUGAGCAGCAGCAGCAGCAGCGGCGGUGGUGGUGGUGGUGGUGGUGUUAUCGACGCCCCGGGUCUGACGUUCAGGACUCACCAUGUCUGAUGGGGAUUAUGAUUACCUCAUCAAAUUCUUAGCCCUCGGUGACUCUGGUGUGGGAAAAACCAGCUUCCUGUACCAAUACACAGACGGCAAGUUUAACUCCAAGUUCAUCACCACAGUGGGGAUCGACUUCAGAGAAAAGAGAGUGGUCUACAAAUCCAGAGAUGCAGAUGGAUCUUCAGGGAGAGGACAGAAGAUCCACAUGCAGCUGUGGGACACAGCAGGACAGGAGAGGUUUCGGAGUUUGACGACUGCCUUCUUCAGAGAUGCCAUGGGUUUCCUUUUACUGUUCGACCUCACAAGUGAGCAGAGUUUCCUCAACGUCAGGAACUGGAUGAGUCAGUUACAGAUUCACGCGUACUGUGAGAAUCCAGACAUCGUUCUGUGUGGAAACAAAUGUGACCUCUCAGAUCAGAGAGCAGUCCGUGAAGAAGAGGCUCGUGAGCUGGCAGAGAAGUAUGGAGUCCCGUACUUUGAGACGAGUGCUGCAAACGGGGACAACGUGAAUCAGGCUGUGGACGUCCUGCUGGACCUCAUCAUGAAGAGGAUGGAGCGAUGUGUGGACAAGUCCUGGAUCCCCGACGGCACCGUCCGAACAAAUGGACCCCUCCACUCUGACCUGUCUGAGAACUCAGAGGGAAACAAGUGUGCGUGUUAGAACCAGUCAGUUCAGUGUUUACGUCCGUCCUCAGUGAUCCACUCACAACUGAUGUGUUCUGACUCCAUAUGACCACAUGUGUUCAGAUCUGUGACCGCGUGUGUCCAGAUCUGUGACCGCGUGUGUUCAGAUCUGUGACCGCGUGUGUUCAGAUCUGUGACCACAUGUGUUCUGAUCUGCAUUCACAUACACACUCAGGUCUUCAGGUCUAUUAACAAGAACAAAGAGAGAAACAGUGUGGAGGAGCCGAGUGAAUGGAUACACUACUCACUCUCUACUACUCACAUGAAAUAAGAGAUUGUAUUGAUCAGUGUUUAUGUUGUGGUGGUAACGUAUGGACCUGAGACACGUGGACCUCAGGACUUAUGAGGACGUAGGACGGGAUCACUCAGGACAGACAUUCACGUGUGUGUGUGUGUGUGUCACUAAGAGAGAGACUAUAUUAUAUUAUUAAGUUUCCAGUGUUAAUCCAAACAUGUCAUUAAUUUGUUUCCUGCUCAGUUUAAAUGAUGUUUCACAUUAAUCAGUUCAGAUUCCAGUGUCUUUGUAAAUGAGAUUAUUAUCAUUCCUUCAUUUCAUUAUUGUCGUUAUACAGUAGGUGUUUGUUUCCUUGUCUUUAGUUGCUGAUAUUUUCAGGUGUUAACGUGUGCUGACGUGCUGUAAACACACUCUUACUGCUCUCUGUGUGCUUAGUGUCGUUUCACAGGGACUAAAUCUCCUUUGUUUGACUUUGUGGAGCCAGGUAAAUAUUGACUGUGAUGCCUGCAGUCUGUGUUUGGUGAUGGAGAGAAAGACGCUGGGUGAGGCCGUGCUUAAUGUAACCACUUUUAUACGUCUGACGCUUUACUACUGAACACAAAUAAGAAAAGAAUCUCUUGUAUCAGUUAAAAACCAGUUCACCGCCCUGUACACGAUGUGUACUUGGUGCAGAUUUGUGUGUAAAACAUGAAUGAAGUGAUAGUUGAUUAUGUGCAGAGACAAGGAUUCAUCAGCAGCUCCAUAACAGGAGUAAAAGCAGCAGUGAAUAAUGAAGGUAAUUAUAAAUUCUCAUUAAUAAUAAUCUAAGUGCUAUAUCUUUUUUGAUUAAUUUUGAAUUUAGAAAAUGUAGGAUUCUUGUCACUCACAGCCUUCGUGUUGGAGAAAUGUUGUUCUGAAAGAGACGAGUGAGACUGUAUCACGGUACACAGGUCAGUGACUGCAGCUGCAGUAACAGCAGCUGCACUGAGGCUCCAAGCUUCCCUCACUCCAGCAAAUCUUAUCACCCCUCAGUGUUACAGUGUAACAGCUCUGAUGUUAUUGUGUGUGUGUUCAGCUUAGUUUUCAGCUGCAGCACAGAUUUACACACACACAAACAUCAGCAUCAGGGUUUUCCGCUGUGUUUUUACGCCUUAAUAAUAAAAAUAAACAUUGAUCUUCAGGGAAAAAGAGCUGAGCUACCACAUAAACUUAGUUUGAACAACAAAUGCCACGUGGGUUCAGUGGGUGUGGACACUGUUGAACACUGUUGAACACAGUUGGACACUGUUAGACACAGUUGGAAACUGCCAUCAUCGACUCACAAGACAGUUUUGUUUGUUUCAAAUAUAAAUGUGACCAUGCUGAUUAGACCUUGUUUACAUUUUUAAUAUCACUGACGUCAGUUUUUACGCUGGGAUUGUGAGGAUCUUUUUCUGAUCUGUGUUUAGUCGUUAAUUUCACAUUUUCUAUGCAAACAAAAUUAAAUAUGAUUUGAUCAUAGUUGUUAAGCAUCACCUGAAAUAUUUCAUAUUUUCAACUGUGUCUCACUUAAACUAUGUAAAUUUUGUCAAAAAAUAAACAUUUUAUUUAUG